CUUCUCACCGAAUGAAUGUUGAGGCUGUCUUGUUGCUUCGCCGACAUACUAGACUUGCUGGAGGCAACAGCUGCCAGAGAAAACCAACUUCAAGACUUGGAAACGUUGAUUCAACACGUCAGAGCAGGUGGCGACUUAGAAACUAGCCCCAAGGGAUCGGAACGUAAAGAUGAAAUGCGUCAGUUGUUGGAAGAGCUCGGAUUUGGUGUGCGACUCGAGACGCCACCUAUCGACUUGGAGCUGCUACACGAUGCUGGUUGCACAUGUGACGAUACCGAACUACCACAUCACGUCAGCAGUAGAGAGGAAAUUCGCCAUCUACUGGAGAAAACAACUGAUUUUUUAAAAAGCCUCCCUAGACCGUCACUGGUGACAAUAGCAAGGUCAAGUCACGAUGACUACUGUCCACCUGGUGACGUAGAUUUUAUUCAAGAAGAAGUUCUCCACAUGAUAAAGGAGCUCUAUGGAACACUAAACGUGACUCUAGACUACACAGAUAGCGAUGGACAAAAAUGACGCCAAGAAAACUGAAGUUCGAGUGCAGCACCGAAAGAACCAGACAUUUCCAGAAGUGAUACAAGUUAAGAAAAAACUCUU